AUGAAAUUGCCAAGAAUCCCGCUGCCGCCUGACGGCCAAGACUUCGCGGAGCUGAUGGCGCUGGAGAAGAUUGGCGAGAACACGUUCAAAUCCGCUUCCAUGCCAUGUCCCGGUGGGCCCAGGAUCUUUGACGGUAAACUGUACAUUUCGACCUUUGGCGGUCAUGUGUACGCGCAGGCGGCGUGGGCGGCCGCGCAGACGGUGCCGGAUGGUUUCGUAAUCCAUAACACAUCCGGCUACUUCGUCGCCGCCGGCCUCUCCAAACACGCCUUCCAAUACACGGUCACGCAUCUGCGCGCCGGCAAAUCCUUCCUCACCGUCCUCGUCACCGUCACCCAACCCACGUCUCCCUUAUCGCCUGAUUCCUGCUGCUUCACGGCCACCGUCUCCUUCAAACGCCCCGAACCCGCUUCCUCCCCCAUCGCGCUCAACUACCAAGACCCUCCCCUCCCCAACGACGGCGGGCCCCUGACCCCCGUCGCCGACCUCCUGCGCCAUGGCAGUGAUGGCGACUCCUCCUCCCACCGCCACCCUUACCCACCACACCCGCGCAGCCUUCCCGUCAAGCGCUUCGACGACCUCUCGGCCGUGCUGACGUUCCGCCCGCCUCACGCGUUUCGCUCAGCCAGCGUGCCGGGCAUAUGGUGGGCGCUGCUGCCGUACGACGCGUCCCCGGAUCAGCAGAAGGAGCAACAAGAUGGGACGAAGCAGAAAGAGUGGUCAUCCCUGCAAGACGCCCGGCCGGCGGCGCGGAUGAUGGCGAAUCUCUACACGGUCAAGGGGUCCGUGAGUGGUGGUGGAUCGCGCCGGACGGGCGGAGGCCAGGAUGGAGAGGGCACGGACAGCGAUAGCAACAGCAACAGCAGUGGCAGCAACAGCAAAUGGCGCCACAUCAACCUCUCCAUCUGCGCGCACCUCUACGCCAGCGACCGCGAAUCGCUGUACCUAGUCACGCGCUCGCUGGGCGUGCGCGAGGCCGUCAUGGCUGGCGGCGCGCGCAACGCCCUCGCCAGCAUCAGCCACAGCGUCGUGCUGCACGACAUGGGCGACGGCGUGGUUUUUCCGGACGCGGACAAGGUGGGAGACGAGCGGGAGAGGUGGUUCUGCCAGGAGGUGCGGACGGAUCGGUGGGCGGACGGGCGGGUGCUGGUGCACGGCCGCAUCUUCGACGUCGAUACCGGCCGCCAUGUGGCGAGCACGAUGCAGGAUGGGAUACUGAAGGUGGAUUUUGGCGGGGAGGAGGAGGGAAUGGAGAGGGCGAGGGAGGCGUUGGGGAGGGGGGUUGGGGCGGAGGAGAGGCGGCGGCUGGUGGAGAAGGCGAAGAUGUAG